AGACUUUCAAGCAAGCCAAGUUAAACCUAGAAGGUGAAAAAGACCAUAAGACCUAGAAUAAAUAUCAGUUGACGAAAAAAAGUCCUAGAAUAAACUAAUGGGAAUUUGUUGAUUAUAGAAUUUGAGAAGUCUAAUUUGUACCCAGGUAUUGGAAAUCACCUGUUAAUGAGGGUUACGAGGGAAUAAAUUGAUCUUAGAAACUGUUUUUUUCAUACUUAAUCAUCAAUUGAAUGAUCUUUUCCCUUUAUGUUGUGUGGGUUUAAAUUUUGGAGGGUUUGAACUGUUGAAGCAACUUAUUGUGGUAUUCUGUUUACAUGAUUCAGUUCUAGCUAUUUGCUUCCAAAGCUUCAGUUCAAUGGCAAAGGAACAAACGGUUCUCGUGAAAGAUGUUAUUUUGAAUCUGCAACUAUCACUCCUUCAAGGCAUCGAAAAUGAAGACCAGUUGUUUGCCGCAGGAUCUUUGAUGACAAAGAGUGAAUAUGAAGAUGUCGUAACCGAACGAUCCAUCACCAAUACGUGUGGUUAUCCACUGUGCCGCAAUUCUUUGCCAUCUGAAUACCCACGCAAGGCUAGAUUUCGGAUUUCAAUGAGGGAGCACAAGAUCUAUAACCUUCAAGAGACAUACAAGUUUUGUUCUUCCGCUUGUGUUGUUAACAGCAAAAAUUUUGCUGCGACCUUUCAAUCUGAGAGAUGUUUGGCUUUAGACCCUAAGAAACUGAACAAUGUUCUUAGGUUAUUUGGGAAUUUGAAUCUCGAUACGGUUCAGAAUUUGGGAAAGGAUGGAGAUUUAGGUUUGUUUGACUUGAAAAUUCAGGAGAAAACAGAGACAAAUACUGGGGAGGUGUCUUUGGAGCAGUGGAUUGGACCUUCAAAUGCAAUUGAGGGUUAUGUGCCAAAACAAAGAGGGCAUGAUUCUAAAGGUUCUCAGAAAAAUAUUAAAAAAGGGUCCAGAGCUAGUCAUAGCAAGUUGAAUGGUGACAAUAAUUUAGUUAACAAUGAGAUGGACUUCAUGAGUUCUAUAAUUAUGCACAAUGAGUAUAGUGUUUCAAAAGUCUCACCAGGUCAAACAGAUACAACUUCUGAUCAUCAAAUUACACAAAUUGCCGUAGUUGAGCAGCCAGAAAAGGUUGGCAGGAAAGAUGACGACAGCAUCCAGGAUCUGUCUUCCUCUUUUAAGAGUGCUCUAAAGUUAAGUACCUCUGAAAGUGAGAAUCAAGUAGCCAAAUCAUGUGAAGCUGUGCCCAAAUCCUCUCCUGAUCGUGCAGUUAAAAAGAAAGACGUUCCUUCUGUCUCCAUAUCAGAGAAACAAUGUGAUGUAGAACAAAAUGAUUCUGCUAGGAAAUCAAUACAAUAUAUAGGGGAAACAAGUAGAGUUACUGCUAGUGAUGAUACUUUCACUUCCAAUUUAGAUCCUGCCAAUGUUGAAGAGAAAUUCCAAGUAGAAAAAGAAACUGGAUCAUGCCAGAUUAAACCCAAAUCUUCCCUGAAAUCUACUGGUGGAAAGAAAUUUAGACGCUCUGUUACUUGGGCAGAUGAGAAAAUCAACAGCUCUGGGAGUAAAGAUCUUUGUCAGAUUAAAGAAUUUGGAGAUAUUAUAGGAGAACCUGACUCAGUAGGCAAUAUGAAUGUUGCUGAUGAUGAAGAUAUAUUACGUUGUGCGUCAGCAGAAGCUUGUGCAGUUGCAUUGAGCCAAGCAUCAGAAGCAGUUACAUCUGGAGACUCAGAUGUCACAGACGCAGUUUCUGAAGCUGGAAUCAUUAUAUUGCCACGUCCACAUGAUGCUGUUGAGGGAGGUACUACGGAGGAUGCUGAUCUACUAGAAACAGAUUCAGUUACUCUUAAAUGGCCAAGAAAGCCUGGAAUUUCUGAUGUUGAUUUGUUUGAAUCUGAAGACACGUGGUUUGAUGCUCCACCAGAGGGUUUUAGUUUGACUUUGUCACCUUUUGCAACUAUGUGGAAUGCCCUCUUUCAAUGGAUAACAUCAUCUUCUUUAGCAUACAUAUAUGGGAGGGAUGAAAGUUUUCAUGAAGAAUAUUUAUCAGUUAAUGGGAGAGAAUAUGCUUGCAAAAUUGUCUUGACAGAUGGUCGAUCAUCUGAAAUAAAACAAACUUUAGCCAGUUGUCUUGCUCGAACCUUACCUGCACUUGUUGCUGAGCUCAGGCUGCCAAUACCAAUAUCUACUUUGGAGCAAGGGAUGGCAUCCUUGCUGGAGACAAUGUCAUUUGUGGAUGCACUUCCAUCUUUCAGAACUAAACAAUGGCACGUGGUUGUUCUUUUGUUCAUUGAUGCAUUGUCCGUUUGUAGAAUACCUGCUCUUAUUGCACACAUGACGGAUAGGAGGGCCUUGUUUCACAAGGUUUUGAAUGGUUCCCAGUUGGGCAUGGAAGAGUAUGAUGUUUUGAAAGAUCUCAUAGUACCACUUGGCCGAGCACCUCAUUUCUCUGCUCAAAGUGGGGCAUGACAACAUGUAACUUCUGUCAUGAUGGGCUAAAUGUUCGGACUUCAUCAAUCAUCUCCAGGCCUUUUUAAUGAUGAGUGCAAUAUUUUUUUUUCUUUUCAUUUUUUGGAAAAAUUACCUUUCAAGCAGUGGAGUGCUGGGUAAAUCUGUAUAAAACAUCAAACAAAAGAUGCAUUGACAAUUACACCUGGGCCCCAAGCAACAGUAUAACCAGAUUUCUAUAUGCUCUAGUGCUAGCUAGUGGAAGUGAUGAAUGCAAAAUUGAUAUCUAAUGGAUAAUAUUCUGAAAUAUUGUCUUCGACUUAAAGCGCAGUUUGAAUUUUUCUAUGCCUUGCAGUUUGUAGAAUGUUCUGAUAAUGUCUCUGAUUUUCUUCUUUGAUACAUGUCAGGCUGGCAAAUAGAGAACAAAUAUCUUCACAACUAUAUGAAAAACUAACAAAUUCCAAACUUCCUUUGCUGAUGGAAUGUCUGUUUUUUAUUUUAUUUUUUAUUUCAGCAAUAUGCUUUUGGAAAAAAAUAAUUGGCUAGUCUUUGAUGACUAUUGACAUCAUUUUAUUUG